CCCAGCCCCCGCCCCUCCAAAGAGCUGUGUUUCUUUCCUGGAUUAUUGCUCGACUUAAGACACAGGGCCGGUUCCUGGCUUCAGGCGACGACUUCCUUUUCCCCUCUCCCGCGAAGAGCUGCCCAUAGAAAUCAAUGCAGAAAUUCCGAUUUGUUACCAUGAUGGCUGCGACUGAGCACCAGCGCGCCCUGCCUCAAGCAAAAGACGGCAGCAGAAAUCAAGCUUUACUACUUGGGUGUGCAAAACGUACAUAUUCCUGGAUCAUGAAUUACUUGAGGAAGGUUUAAAGGCCUGUUGUUCACCCGUAUUGGCUCAGGAAGGGAUUUUCUUUUAGAGUAAUUUCAGGGAUUUGCGAGUUUAAACGCAGUUGCUGAUUAUGGCUCACCGGUUUUCAAAAGAAGACCUAGAUGAACAGUUUGAACAGUUUUUGAAAGAGUCCCUUUCAGAUGAUUCACUUGGAAAUGAGCCAAAGAAACAAUCCAGCAUUCAUGACACUGUUGGGCAGGCCACAAAUAAAGAACCGAAGAAGAAUCCUGUGCCGUGGUGGAUAUCCGAGGACGAUUCCGAUAAUGCUUCUAAAACAAACAGAUUUAUCAAACAAGAAAAUGAGAAGAAACUCAUUGGGGCAAAAGACGAAAUGAUUGAAGAUAGUGAAAACAAAUCACCACUUUCAAAUAACCAGUCUGGAAUACGCAGCACAAAUAGUAGUUUUCUGAAGUCGCGAAGGCUUUCUCAUGCUAUCCUGGAAGUAGACGAAGAUCAUGCGGGAAGCAGUCGGCUCCAGCAGCCUAGUGGGGUUUCGGUUUCUUUAAGCAAAGAUAGCCUGGAAACUAACGAUUCAGUUGUGGCUUCAGGGCCUCAUGAGAUCUUUUUGGGAGCCGGAUUGGAUACUUUAGAAGAACAAGAGGAAAAGGAGAAGUUCUUUGCUGAUCUUGAGAAAGGAGCAUCAUCUACGAUAGACUAUUCUAGAUUGAAUAAGGAGCUGGAUUCCAAUGAUUCUGAAGGAUUAAGAGCAUUUCUACGAAAUCACUCUGAAGCCAAACAGGCAGAAGAAGGCAAUGAAGAUGAACCAAGGAACCAUGAAAAAUCUGGUGAUUAUAGUGAAGAUUUUGAAGAAGGUUCAGAAUCUAAUGAAGACAAUAAAGCUGAGCAAGUUCUUGUGACAGAAGCUAAAGAAGAAAAGACUGGCAUGCUGGCUGAAGUUGUCCUUCUCGAUUCCCAAGACUCGACCCUGGAGAUGCAAAAGAUCGGUGAGCAGCAGGAUGCAGCUGUGACAGAACACCCUCUACCUCAAGAAACCGCUGCCGAUGAAAUGAAUGGAACAGGUAUUUCUGGUGCACAAACGAAUAGUGAUAUUGAAGCUUUGCAUCAGGCCUACUGCCAUAUUGAGCAGUCUUUAGGAGAUUCUGAUGAGCAAAGAAUUCAUGGUGGUAAAAUAGAAGAGAACUUAACUAAAGAUGUUUCACCGAACACAGAAGGCUGUCCCAAAAAUACCUGCACUACUGAUUCUGAUCUCCCCACCAUAGAAGAACUGAUGAAACCUAUCAGAGCAGAUUCAGAUUUUACCAGGGACCCUGCAAGCCCUGUGAAAGCAACACACAACGGCACUGAUGAAUUAAUGAGCCAUUUAAUACUGGAAGAGCAGCAGAAUGCUACUGCUCAGGAAAAGCAAAACAUUGGCUGUUCAUUGGAGCAGCAUAGUGGACAAGAGAAUGUUCUUGUUCAAGCUGUUGCAAAGGAAGAUAGUGAACUGAUUCCUCAUCAAAGGACUGGCAAGGACAAACGGAUUGAUAAACUUAAACAUGAUGUGUUGAGGCAAAAUAGUCUCCCAAGUUCUUCAGUAUUGCAUCAAGACAAAAAGACUAACCAGACUCGUUUGUCCAACACUUGGACUAAAGAAGGUCUAAAUUCGGUGAUGAACAAACAAGUAACAUUCAGAAACACCAAAAAUACAGCUGCUGUACAUAGAAAGAAAUCUCUAAGUGGACCCCAUAGCUCUGUUAGGAGUUCUGGAUAUGGAAGAUCCAGUUCUCCAUUAAAGCACUUUUCCACAAUUAAUGAAAAGAAGACAUUAAAGGAAAACGUCAAAAAGCCAGUUUUAAAAACAAAAUCUCCUCCAAGACAAAAAGAAACAUUUUCUGGAACUAUAACAAUACAGACAGCAAACAAUCCAGUUUCUACAAAGAGAAAUUACUGUGCUACCACUGGACAAUCAUCUGCAAGCAGUCUUCAACAGCCAACUAAAGAAAGUGACUCUUGCCUACAGACACACAAUCAGGUUGCCUCAUAUUCUCCAUCCCAAAAUAGUGGGAGGGAGCUUUAUUUACUGCAAAGAGUUCAGGAAGCAGAGGAAAAAUUGGCCGAAGCCCAUGAUUUGAUUCAGAAUCUAAAAGCCGCAUCUUUGCAAAAGGAGAAGGUAAUGGAGACUAAGAUCCUAGAAAUGAAAAUGCAACAAGAUAAAGACCUUUUUCAGCUAAACCAAGAAAAUUACAUUCUUCAAACACGGCUAAAUAACAGAGAAGACCCGAACAAAGGAACAAAGUUGUCAAAUGCUUUGGAAAGAAUUCCUGAUGAUGGAGAAAUGCUGAAAGAAAUCCAAAAAGAAGUCCAAAAUCAGGAGACUCUCCUUCAAGGGUAUCAACAGGAAAAUGAAAGAUUAUAUAAGCAAGUGAAAGAGCUGCAGCUAAAUAACAAGAAAAAUGAAGAAAACAUGUUUAAAGAGAACCAACGUUUGAUGGCUGAGUUGGUGUCUUUACGAGAGCAACAGGAUAAAAAUAACCUUUUAUCAUGUGGAGUGCAGAGUGCUGAAUCAGCUGGGAAUCAGAGUUUCACUGCCCUGAUUUUAGAACUUCGGGCUGCCAAGACUAUCGAAAGCAAUUUGCUCGAAGAGAAAAAGCGUCUAAAGCAAGACAAGCAAGCCCUUGAAGUAGAUUUGGUGCAAGUGAAGAAGGAACGAGAUUUAGCAAGAGCCCAAAUCACUUCCACUUCAGCUGAAAAAUCAUAUGAGAUGAAGAUUGUAGAAGAAUCAUACAAAGACGAAAUUGGUCGCUUGCAGAAAAGACUCCAGUGGUAUGCAGAAAAUCAGGAACUCUUGGAUAGAGAUGCAGCUCGCCUUCGAGGAGCUAAGGAAGAAAUUGAUAAACUGCAGCAUGAGGUGGAUCAGCUUAGAAGUGAAGCUGGGAAUCAGUCUGCACAACAAAAGAAAAGGUUGAAGGACAGAGCGGCAGAUGCCAAACGAAUUCAAGACCUUGAGCGGCAGGUUAAAGAAAUGGAAGGGAUACUGAAACGAAGGCACCCAAAUUCUUUGCCAGCUUUGAUAUAUGCCGCUGCCACGGCCACUGCUUCUGAAGGGGAAGGCAAUCCAUCAGCAAAAACGAAUACAGUGGAUUUUCUUGAGAGAAGAGUUAAGAAGCUGGAAGCCGAACUUGAGGGUAAAGAUGAUGAAGCGAAGAAAAGUCUCCGUGCCAUGGAGCAGCAGUUUCAAAAGAUAAAGAUUCAGUAUGAGAAGAGGAUUGGGGAGCUUGAGCAGCUGCUGGAAUAUAAGCUGCUGAACGAGCCGCAGAAGCUUCCGGACAAGGCCGCCACCCUUGCAGCUCAUGAAAGAGAACUUUGUAGUGUAAAUGAAGCCCACCAGAUCACAGUGCAAAACCUUCAGACUGAAAUAAACUCUCUCAGAAGCCAGUUAGCUCAGCUAGAGCUGCAGAAGAAAGCAAAAGAUGAUGCGGACCUCCAGUCGCUAGAAUACCAGGUGGAGCAGGCUCACUCUAAAGCGAAGCUGGUAAGACUAAAUCAGGAAAUGAUUGCCAAAAACAGAGAGAUACAAGACCUCACAAAAACUGUAGAAAGGCUUCAGAAAGAGAGGAGGAUUAUGCUCUCAUCUGGCAAAGCAGAUGCUAAAGAAAAGCCUUCAGGAAUCCUGAAAAAGGAUAUUGUCAAACCUAGUCAGCUGAACCCCAGAAAUGAAGAGUUCUUCCCCGGCACUCUCGAUGAGAAAAUAUAUCAGCCCCACGCUUUUGCCGAUUGUCACAUUUCAGAAGUCCUGCAAGAAAACAGCCGUCUGAAAGAUGAUGUAGAAAAGUUGACUCUAGAACUAAGCCAGGAAAGGAUAAAAGCUCAAGCAGCCAUGGCAAAUUCUGAAAGUCUUGUAAGAAGGGCAAAGGAAGAUUUGGAAGAAUACAUUACAGCGCUUAAAGCAUCACAUCAAAAGGAGCUGGAGAAGAUUCUUUGUCAGUAUGCUAUGGAGCAUUCAACUUCCAAGGCAGCUGAGUUAAAUAGCAAAAUUUCAGCACAGGAGGUCUUUAUUAAACAUCUUCAGCAACAAGUUCGUGAGUUGCAAAGAGAUCAAGAAGCACUUGCGGUUUCACAAAAGCGAGAGGAAAUUCUUCAAAAAGAGAUGGCAAAACUCUUAGAAGAACUUGGAGAGGCUAGAGAGAGCCAGACCCCAGAGAUGAAACGAUUUGUGUGUCUAGAAAGGAAGAUCAAACACUUGGAGGCCAGAUAUGAACAAAGAGAACAAGAACUUCAGCAGGUAAUACAGCAAACACAGCAUAUUGCAGAAGUUGAACAAAUCCAGGAAACUGAGAAAUGGCGGAAGCUGGCACUGUUGAAGAACCAAGAGCUUGAGAAAUUUCGCAUUGAACUGGAUUCGAUUUUGGACGUUCUACGGCAGCUGCAGAAACAGGGUGUUAUCAUUCCACCAGGUGGCCCAAGCAUGCCGGAAAAUGACUGGAAGACUAGAAAGCUCCUCAUUUAAUCAAUGAAACAGCUUCGAGAGAGAGAGAUGAUGAAACCUUGCCACAAAAGGUGAUUAGUUUUUAACUUUAUAGUUGUGCCCAGGUUUUUCCUGUAUACAUUUAUCCUGAUCCUUGCUGACUUGUUUUUAUUCUGUAUAUUAAAUAAUAAUACUAGCAAA